CUUUAAGAAGAAGAAAAAUGAGAGAAUGCAUCUCAGUUCACAUCAGCCAGCCCGAUAUUCAGGUUGGAAAUGCUUGCUGGGAAGUUUACUGCCUCGAGCAUGGAAUUCAGCCUGAUGGCCAAAUGCCAAGCGAUAAGACUGUUGGUGUAGGAGAUGACGUUUUCAACACCUUUUUCAGCAAAACUGGUGCUGGGAAGCAUGUCUCACCCGCUAUAUUUGUGGAUCUGGAACCGACUGUUAUUGAUGAAGUGAGGACCAGAACCUACCGUCAGCUCUUCCAUCCUGAGCAACUCAUUAGUGGCAAAGAAUAUGCUGCCAAUAAUUUCGCUCGUGGUCAUUAUACAAUUGGCAAAGAGAUUGUUGAUGUCUGCUUGGAUCGCAUCCAAAAGCUUGCUGAUAAUUGCACUGGCCUCCAAGGCUUCUUGGUUUUCAAUGCUGUUGGUGGUGGUACUGGCUCUGGACUUUGA